AUUUUUUUUUCGCAUGCGAAACUCUACAUGCAGUAAACAGAUUAGUGUCUUACUGUAUAAGGUUUAGUUUUAAGCUCCCUACACAGGGUGCUUCAACGACGAGUGACGCCUUUCUUCGAAUAUGCUCUAAAAAAAAAAAAAAAAAAAAAAAAAACCUGGUACCACCAGAUAUCCAGUGGGCAAACUGAGGUCCUGUCACAACCAACAGGACACGCUUUAAGCAAAGCGGUAGAAGAGAAAUUUGGGCUAAUUUAUGAGGCUUUUUCUAAACCGUGCGUUGAUAGAAGAUAUAGGCUGCAUUUAACCACGGUGUGCUGCUAUAAUACGAAGAAGUCGAGCUUCCCCAAGGAAUACUUUCAUAGAAGUCAAGGAUCUACAAAUCUGAAUCGCACUCUUGGAAAAGGGACUGUAUGAUGGAGACCACCCUUUUCAUCUGUAUCAUGUUGACCUGUGCUGUGGCAACACAAAGUGUGCCUCCUACAAUACAAGGUCAGACUUCAACACUGCCUCAUCUGACUGGCUGCUUUUCUCGAGAGCUGAUGACUUUCCGUUGUCAGUGGGAGACUGGAUCCCUCCAGAACCACACGGAACAUGAGGAUCUGAGACUUUUCUACAUAUUAGAAAAGGAUUCUAAGAAAUGGAUGGAAUGUCCAAGUUACAGUUCCAUAAGGGAAAAUGAAUGCUACUUCAAUUCCAGUAACACCGUUAUAUGGUUCCCUUAUGUGGUCCAGCUGCGUUCACGCUCUCUUGACAUUGUUUAUGACGAAAUUUCCUUCAACGUGGAGGACAUUGGUAAGCCAUGUCGUUAACACAAACCCUGACUCUUUGUCUUUUCUUUCUUGGCCUGUUUUCAAGUACAC